GCGCGCGGCACUUGAGACAUCCAGAUGUUGCGUUUGAGGCACCCAGUGAAGUCGGGAGCAGGCUACAACUGUUUCCAAGCUGAAACAACUUGCAUACAUUGCUUUUCCUGCUCAUUGGCAAAGAUGGAAGCUGGCUGGCUCGAGUAAAAGCCUAACUGUGUUUAGGACGAGUGGGCAUCAUGGCUUUCCUUCACUUGCUCCUGUGUGUCGGGAUGUUUUCGAUGUGUAGAGCCUUUUUCACCGGACCGCUGCAGCCGGAGAUGUCUAACGGGACUUUUCAUCACUAUUUCGUGCCGGACGGAGACUACGAGGACAACGACGACCCGGAGAAAUGUCAAAUGCUUUUCAAGAUGACCGACGAGCGAAAGUGCAGUCUCAAUGAGGACCAGGACUCUGUCAUACGGGAUGAUUUCACAAUCAUCAAGAGGCAGAUUGAGGACUCGGCCCGGGUGCUGGAGGGGAUCGGGAAAAGCAUCUCGUACGACCUGGACGGAGAGGACAGCUACGGGAAGUACUUGCGGAGGGAGACGACUCAGAUAAGCGAGGCUUUCACAAACUCGGAGAAAUCUCUGCUGGAGCUCGAGGUGAAAUUCAAGCAGAGCCAAGAGAGUGAGUCAAAGGAGGAGCACAGGCUCAACGACGACUUUCUGAACAUGGUAGUGCACACACGGGACGUCCUGAAGGGCACGCUGGACAUUUCUCAGGGACUAAAGGACAAGCACGAGCUCCUGUCUCUGAUCAUCCGCAGCCACGGCACGAGGCUGAGCAGACUGAAGAACGAAUACAUGAAGUUCUGAGGGAAAGUAGUUCCUACAGGUCUCAUUACAGUACUUAUAAUGCAGUUUGAGACCAUGAGACUGGGUGAAAAAA